CGCGCCGCUCAGCUCCCGCGCGCCGGGGUUCCGCCCCCACCUCCGCCGGCACUCAGAGAGCUGCCAGCCUCGCCACGGGACAGGCCAGUCCGCGGGGAGACGCGAGCGUCCUCCUUCUGUCCCUGGGCAGCGAGCGCUCUGCCGGCCCGCACGGAGUGCGCCGCGGCGGGACGGAGAGCGCACGGAGCGCGAGCCGCUCAGAGGCUGGGCAGUCCGCCCGAGCCGCGCCGAACCUCCGGACAAUGGGGCCGCGGCGGCUGCUGCUCGUGGCCGCCGGACUCAGUCUAUGCGGCCCCCUGCUGUCGGCCCGCACUCGAGGCCGCAAGCCCGAGUCAAAAGCAACCAAUGCUACUGUGGAUCCCCGGUCAUUUUUUCUCAAGAAGAUUGAAACAUUUGAACCAUUCCCACUGCAUGAUGAUGAGGAGAAAAACAGGAGCAGGUUCCCUGAGGACAGACUAAGCCCCAUCAAUAUAAGUCAUCCUCUUCAAAAACUGCACCCUGUGUUUAUCUCAGAAGAUGCCUCAGGGUAUCUUACCAGCACCUGGAUGACACUUUUUAUCCCCUCUGUCUACACUGGCGUGUUUGUCAUAAGCCUUCCUCUGAAUAUCAUGGCCAUUGUUGUGUUUAUCUUGAAGAUGAAGGUCAAGAAGCCCGCUGUGGUGUACAUGCUGCAUCUGGCCACGGCGGACGUGCUCUUCGUGUCAGUGCUCCCGUUCAAGAUCAGCUAUUACUUUUCCGGCAGCGAUUGGAGAUUUGGUUCUGAAAUGUGUCGCUUUGUCACCGCAGCCUUUUACUGUAACAUGUACGCCUCCAUCAUGCUCAUGACAGUCAUAAGCAUUGACCGGUUUUUGGCCGUGGUGUACCCCAUCCAGUCCCUCUCCUGGCGUACCCUGGGGAGGGCUUCCUUCACUUGUCUGGCCAUCUGGGCUCUGGCCAUUGCGGGGGUGGUGCCUCUCCUUCUCAAGGAACAAACCGCCCAGGUGCCGGGGCUCAACGUCACCACCUGCCAUGACGUGCUCAGUGUAACCCUCCUCAAAGGCUACUAUGCCUAUUACUUCUUAGCCUUCUCUGCUGUCUUCUUCUUUGUGCCCCUGAUCGUUUCCACCAUCUGUUACGUGUCUAUCAUUCGAUGCCUUAGCUCCUCCGCAGUCGCCAACCGGAGCAAGAAGUCCCGGGCUUUGUUCCUUUCGCUUGCUGUUUUCUGCAUCUUCCUCCUCUGCUUUGGACCCACAAACGUCCUCCUGAUUCUGCAUUACUCCUUCGUUUCUCAGGAGUCCACCACAGAGGCUGCCUACUUUGCCUACCUCCUCUGUGUCUGUGUCAGCAGCAUCAGCUGUUGCAUUGAUCCCUUGAUUUACUAUUAUGCCUCUUCCGAGUGCCAGAGGUACCUCUGCAGCAUCUUAUGCUGCAGAGAAAGUUCUGAUCCCAGCAGCUACAACAGCAGCGGUCAGCUGAUGGCCAGCAAAAUGGAUACCUGCUCGAGUCACCUGAAUAACAGCAUAUACAAAAAGCUCUUAACUUAGGGAAAGGGGAUGCUGAUGAGUUAAAAAGAAGAGCUUAAAAAAGCGAAUAGCCUGAGGGUUCUAUUAGUCCCCACCAAAAAAGUAUUUACGAUAAAAAAUGACAAAUCUAUGAUUUGCAUGCCUCUUUCUUAUGAGAGCCAUUGAUCAUAUCUAUUUGUUAGUUAUAGGAAAAGAUAACAAACAUAGAAAACAGUAUCAUUCCAAGAGUGUAUCUCCAGUGCUACAAUAAUAACUGAAUAUCAUAUUCUGAUACACAUAGGUGACUUACUAUAUAUGUGCAUGUGUGCAUGUAUAGGUGUGUAUACACGCACUUGUAUCAUUUGCAGAAUGGCACUUUGGAACACUCCCUUUUUUCCACCAGAGAUUAAGGAAAGAAACAUUCCGAUUGUGGAGUUUAACCCUGAACAUCUGAAGAUGUUCGCCAAUAGGGAGGGAAUCUGUUGUUUGGACUUACACAGCUUUUGCAAAUAAGUGUAUUUUGAAAUUGUUCAACAACAAUGUUUAAGUUAUUAAGGGAUAAGAGUACUAUCUGUGUGUAGAAAAAGUUCUACUCUUUCUCAUUGUAAACGUAUCAAGGUUUGAAUUCUUUAAAUUAUGGAAACAGAUGAUAGGGGUAGCAUUUCUGAUGUUUUACACUCUGUGUCUAUAAACUGAGAAUGAGCAUAGGUCCCACAGAUGACCUUUGGUUGGCUUUCAAAGUAACUUGCCCUGAGAUGGGGGACUCCAAGCAAUACAUAAAAGCAGGGCCAUUUCAGACAAAGACUGGCCAGAAAAGCCUCCAGCUGAGCCUCCCAGAGGUCAGCACUGGAACCACAAAGGUUGCUCUGUCCUCCUGAGGUUCCCUCAAGGGGUGGCUGUGAAUCUUGUUUAUUAGAAAUUGGCAAAGUAAUCUUGGAAGCAGCUUUGGUCAAGACUUCAGAUGACCACUGCCACAAGUGGACUACAACCUCAUGAGAGCCAGGACUAAGAUAUGCCCAGAUUCCUGACCUACAGAAACAGUGUGAGGUAAAAGAUGUUCAUUGUUUUAAGUCAGAGGAGUUGGCACACUGUCAAUGGAAGGCCAAAUCCAUUCUGCUGCCUGUUUUUGUAUAUAAAGUUUUUUUUAGAACACACACACACACACAAAGAAAUUGGCAAAGUAGGUCAUGCUGUCCCAGGAGAUAAUGAAUAUAAAAGACCUCUCUGCCCAUUUUAAGAACAGAGAAAGAAGGCCCACUCACUUCCAGCAGUUAUACCCCAAGGAACAUUCUGGAAUGGAAACACUCAUGGAGCAAACAUGAAACACACAUUUUGUGCUCUGGGCACAGGGAUGGGUGCUGGGCAUACAGAGUUGAGAAAGACUGAGACCGGCCAUCAAGAAAAACAAAGUAGGGGCACCUGGGUGGCUCAGUGGAUUGAAGCCUCUGCCUUCGGCUCAGGUCAUGAUCCCAGGGUCCUAGGAUCCAGCCCCACAUUGGGCUCUCUGCUCAGCAGGGAGCCUGCUUCCUCCUCUCUCUCUGCCUGCCUCUCAGCCUACUUGUAAUCUCUGCCUAUCAAAUAAAUAAGAAAGAAAGAAAAACAAAGUAGACCAAUGCAGAGUGUGUAUGUGUAUAAUAAAUAAAUAUGUCCUUCUGUAAGAAGUUUUUUUAGUGAGAUGUCACCACACAAAUUUCAUACAAGCGAGGAUUGUCAGUUAAACAUUGAACAUUGGGGUUACUGCUUCCUGUGGUUAUAACUUGAGAUGAAAACAUAAUACACUACAGGAAACAUCUUUUUAAAAACAGCCAGUCUGUAUUGACUGGACAUGAUUUAUUUACAAAUGCAUUUGAUAAAUUAAGUCUAAUUUUUUAAAAAAGAAGCCAUUAUGCCAGUUUGAUGAGAAAUAACAGAAGAAAAUGAAGUAGACUUUGAAAUCUAGGAAAAUGAUUCUGUAUUAUCCAUUCUUUUUUUUUUUAAGAGUUAGAUCAUUUUAAAAGCAUUUUUUAACUUCCUAAUCAGUAUCAAGUACAGAAAAUCCUCAUGGAUGUCACAAAAUAUUUGAAAACUAAGUUGAAGUGUAUAUUUUUUUCUUAUGAAGCAAUGUUGGCCUUUUACACAAACAGGAAAAGUGAAAAGUUCCAAGGCAAAUGCUUUGCCUAUGUAAAAGAGCAAACUAUUUCCAAAUGGCAUAGAAUAAUUUUACAUCAAAUAACAUAAUGUAAGUAUAAGCUAGCUUUGAUUUUAUUUUUUAGCAUUGAUUUUAUUAAUUUAGUUACUGUAUUUUAUCCAACUCAGUGGAGAUUUACUAGUUUAUUCAAUCAAAUAUUAAAAUACCUCUGAUUUAAUAUGACUAUCAUUACUAUUAUUAUUGGUCUGUCCUUAUAUGAUUGUUUUUAUGUUCUCUUUUUUUAAAAAAAAAUGCAUGUAACCUAUAUUAAUAAAGAUGAAAUUUUGCUUGGUA